UCCCCCGGAGGGGGCGUGGCGUGGCGAGGCGUGGUGGUGCCGCAGCGCCGUUGACGGGCGGGGCGCCGGUGCCGCCAUGUCGGAGCGGGGGGCCGCGGGCCCGGGGCCGGCCGCCAUCCAGGUGUCCAGGAUCAUGCGCCCGGAUGAUGCCAAUGUCGCAGGGAAUGUCCACGGGGGAACCAUCCUGAAGAUGAUCGAGGAGGCGGGAGCCAUCAUCAGCACCCGCCACUGCAACUCCCAAGCUGGGGAGCCUUGUGUGGCCGCGCUGGCGCGGGUGGAGCGGACGGACUUCCUCUCCCCGGUGUGCAUCGGCGAGGUGGCCAACGUCAGCGCCGAGAUAACCUACACCUCCCGGCACUCUGUGGAGGUCCAGGUCAACGUCAUGUCCGAAAACAUCUUAACAGGGGCGAAGAAGGUGACGAACAAGGCGACGCUGUGGUAUGUGCCGCUGUCCCUGAAGAAUGUGAACAAGGUCCUUGAGGUUCCCCCCAUCCAGUAUGCCAGAAAGGAGCAGGAGGACGAGGGGAAGAAGCGCUAUGAGGAGCAAAAGCUGGAUAGGCUGGAAACUAAGCAGAGAAACGGCGAUGUGAUCUUCCCCGUCAUCAACCCAGAUAGGCAGACAAAAGAGCCGCACACCGUCAGCUACAGCCAGUCCAGCCUGAUCCACCUGGUGGGACCGUCGGACUGCACGCUGCUGGGCUUCGUGCACGGAGGUGUCACCAUGAAGCUCAUGGACGAGGUCGCCGGGAUUGUGGCUGCCCGCCACUGCAAGACCAACAUCGUCACCGCCUCGGUGGACGCCAUCAACUUCCACGAGAAGAUCAAAAAAGGCAGCGUCAUCACCAUUUCGGGGCGCAUGACCUUCACGAGCAAUAAAUCCAUGGAAAUCGAAGUCUUUGUGGAUGCCGACCCGUUUGUGGAUGAGCCUCGGGAGCGGUACCGUGCCGUCAGCGCCUUCUUCACCUACGUCUCCCUGAGCAAGGAGGGGAAGCCCCUGCCCGUCCCGCAGCUGCUGACGGAGACGGAGGAUGAGAAGCGGCGCUUCGAGGAAGGGAAGGGCAGGUACCUCCAGACAAAAGCCAAGCGGCAGGCGCAGAUGCAGCAGGCUGCCCAGCAGUGAUCCCGUCCCGCGCCACGCCGCCCCGCGCUCUCGCAGCCUUCGCCCGCCGAACGUCCGGGUUCCCGUUAGUGUCGUGUCUGGUCCGUGCCGGGCCUCGCACCUUCGCCCGCCCCAGCCUGCUGCCGGAGCUGCCGUGGCAGUGCGGUUGCUUCACUGCUGACCGGUUUAGCGCCCGUAGACCUUGUGCUUUAGGUGGCCUAAGCGCCCCCGAAAGCUGCCGGGAGCCUUCCCGGUCGCUCGCCAUUCGCCUCUGGAGCCCUGUUUUCACCAUUGAAUCCUGUAAGUGGAACGCCCGUGCCGGAGUGGGGCAGAGGCGCGUGGCGGCACGAGGGAUGCGCGAGGCCGCGAGUCUUUGUGAUGCUGUGUUAAACUUGCCAGUUAUGUCCUAAAACUGCACACCAAAGCUUACGUGCGAUACUCGCGACGGGAAACGUGCCCCAGUAUCGUACUGAAUGUCUCGGACCAUUUUGUUGACAUCUCUAGGUAGUUUCUCUGUGCACAUCUAAGUUAUUUAAGGAAUCCUGUGGCAUAAAUAAAGUCUGUUGUCGUUGACUGAAAUAAAA